GAGGAGGAGGAUUUGUUGUGCCGCGAAGGGAAGGGCGGCGAGCGGCGGCGGCGGUUCCCUCUUUCUCCGAGCCGCUCUCCCCACCCCCAAAUCCCGGUGGCUCUGGCGGACGGGGCCGGGCCGAGUCAGCGAGAUGGUCAUGGCGUACUUUGUGGAGAGUUUCUGGGGGGAAAGGAACAAUGGCUUUGAUGUCCUCUAUCAUAAUAUGAAACAUGGACAUGUAUCUACAAAAGAACUAGCAGAUUUCAUAAGAGAAAGAGCUACAAUAGAAGAGGCAUAUUCAAGAUCAAUGACAAAGCUAGCCAAAUCAGCAAGCAAUUAUUCACAGCUUGGGACAUUUGCACCAGUCUGGGAUGUUUUUAAAUCAUCAUCAGAAAAAUUAGCAAGCUGUCACUUAGAACUUGUUCGGAAGUUGCAAGAACUAAUAAAAGAAGUGCAGAAGUAUGGAGAUGAACAACUAAAAGCUCAUAAAAAGACUAAAGAAGAAGUUUCAGGAACUUUGGAAGCAAUGCAAAAUAUUCAGAAUAUUACUCAGGCCCUUCAAAAAGCAAAAGAAAACUACAAUUCAAAGUGUGUGGAACAGGAACGUUUGAAAAAGGAAGGUGCAACACAGAGAGAAAUAGACAAGGCAGCAGUAAAAUCCAAGAAGGCUACCGAUACAUAUAAACUCUAUGUUGAAAAAUAUGCUGCAGCAAAAUCUGAUUUUGAACAAAAAAUGACCGAAACUGCACAGAAAUUUCAAGACAUUGAAGAAAUGCAUCUCUUCCAUAUGAAAGAGAUUAUAGAAUGUUUUUCAAAUACGGUAAAAGAAGUUCACUUACAAAUUGGCGAGGUACAUGAAGAAUUUAUAAAUAACAUGGCAAACACAACAGUUGAAAGUUUGAUACAAAAAUUUGCUGAGUCGAAAGGCACAGGCAAAGAGCGACCUGGACUUAUUGAAUUUGAAGAGUGUAAUACAGCCAGUGCAGUUGAAGGGAUAAAGCCUAGAAAAAGAAAGCAUUUUGGGUUACCGAUUAUUAAAAAGGGAAAAGAUGCAGAAUCUGUGGAAUGUCCAGAUGCUGAUUCAGUUAACAUUCCGGAUGUUGAUGAUGAAGGUUAUAGCAUUAAACCAGAAGCUAGUCAGAAUACCAAAGAGAACCACUUCUAUUCUUCAAGUGAUUCUGACUCUGAAGAUGAUGAACCAAGGAAGUUCCAUGUGGAAAUUAAGCCUGUACAGGCAAAUAGUAGUUCUCAUUAUACAAUGCCUUCACUGGAUGAAUUAAAAGAAUCAAUAGGGAACAUCACACUUUCACCAGCUAUAUCUAGACAUAGUCCUGCACAAAUGAACCGGAAUUCAUCCAGUGAAGAAUUAACAAAAUCAAAGCUUUCUGCUUCAUCUAAUGAGAAGGGGAACAAUGACCUCCUGGCAUGGGAUCCACUCUUUAGGAAUUCUGGUGAUUCAUCCUCAGCAAUGUCUUCAUCUUCAUCAGCAAGACCCACUACCCCUCUUUCUAUAGGUACCUUAGUGCCUCCUCCAAGACCACCUUCUAGACCAAAGUUGACUGCUGGGAAACUCAGUGGAAUUAAUGAAAUUCCAAGGCCAUUCAGCCCUCCUUUGACCUCCAACUCCAGCCCACCUCCUUCAGCUCCUUUGGCACGUGCAGAGAGCUCCUCCUCAAUAUCAUCUUCUGCUUCAUUAAGUGCAGCAAAUACACCUACAGUUGGUAUUUCACGUGGCCCUAGCCCUGUCAGCCUUGGAAACCAGGACACUUUGCCUGUUGCAGUGGCCCUUACCGAGUCUGUUAAUGCCUACUUCAAAGGAGCAGAUCCCACAAAAUGUAUUGUGAAAAUCACUGGUGAUAUGACAGUCUCAUUCCCAAGUGGAAUUAUUAAAGUUUUCACCAGCAAUCCAUCUCCAGCUGUGCUCUGCUUCAGGGUAAAAAACACAAGCAAACUAGAGCAGGUUCUUCCAAAUGCACAACUUGUAUACAGUGAUCCAUCACAAAGCGAUUCCAAUGUGAGUGAUUUUUGGAUGGACAUGCAAGCUGUUACAGUCUACCUCAAGAAGCUAUCGGAACAAAAUCCUUCGGCUUCUUACUAUAAUGUAGAUGUUCUAAAAUAUCAGGUAUCUUCAUAUGGCAUCCAAUCUACACCUCUGAAUCUUGCUACGUACUGGAAGUGCAAUAGUAACACUACUGAUGUAAGAGUCGAUUACAAAUACAACCCGGCCUCUAUGGCAGUGCCAACUAUGCUUUCUAAUAUACAGGUCAUGGUUCCAGUUGAUGGAGGCGUAAUGAAUAUGCAAUCACUUCCUCCAGCAAAAUGGAAUUCAGAGCAGAUGAAAGCCUUAUGGAAAUUGUCUAGUAUUUCAGAAAAAUCAGAAAAUGGAGGCUCUGGCUCCCUCAGAGCCAAAUUUGACCUUUCAGAAGGACCCAGUAAGCCAGCAACACUUGCAGUGCAAUUUAUCAGUGAAGGAAGCACACUUUCAGGAGUAGAUGUUGAACUAGUAGGCACUGGCUAUCGGCUUUCCCUACUUAAGAAGAGAUUUGCCACUGGUCGAUAUAUGGCAGAUUGCUGAUGAGCCAGUGUGGGGGGAAAUGAGUUCUCUCAAUGAACAGAAAUUCACUAUUUUACUACCUUUCCAACACUAUUUUAACAUGCAUUUAUUUUUUAAAAAAUGUUUUGCUUAGUUUUUGAGUCUUAUAUCCAACAAAAAUGCACUUUCCAAAAUAAGUCAUUUAAAACAAACUCUAUUUUAUUAGCACUGAAGUGAACUCCCAACACUAUCUGUAGGUGGUCAGCUGAAAUACUGGGAAACAAGAUUACGCAAAUGCUUAAUACUUAUGUAGCCUCAAAGCCAAAAUAGCAGUCAUUUCUGGUAUUUAAAAGGUGUGGUGCUUUGUGAUACCAAAAGCAACCACAUUAUUUUAGCUUUCUAUAAAUAUUACUGAAGUAUACUUUUUCAGUUUCAAUAUUGCCAUUUCAUUUAAAAAGUGGCAAAGUAAUUUUUGUUUCAUUCUUGUAUAUUCAUGUGCCAUAUCUGGUUAGAGAUAUGUAUACAAAGUAACUUGAUUUUCAUAUACCAUAUAUAAUUAAGUGUAUAUUAUUUUAUAAAAGAUGGUUUUAAAAAUGUAAAGUGCAAUGGUUUUUUUAAAAAAUUGCAACAGACAACAGAUAUUUACUUCUGCCAUUAGUUAACUUUAUGGGAGUUGUAAUUUUUAAUUAAUGCUGUAGAUUAAUUUAUUUUUAUAUGGAAUGUGUAACAUUUGUGCCUUUUUAAAACUGUGCCUAUCAAAAUGUCUAUGUGCCUCUUAUUUCUUUUUUUCAAUUUCUAGAUCUUCCAUACAGAAAAGCUGAUGUUUUUCUGUGUAAUAUGUACAACUACAUAAUUCCCUAAAGCAGGGAUUUGGAAGGGAAACUUCAAAUAACUCUAAAACAGCCACUAAAAUAUUACAUUGCUUCCUUGUGGGUUGAAUGCAAUAAAUGCAGCCACUGUAAAGGGAACUGCUUGACUUUUAUAUAUUCACAGAAAAACAACUUGAUAUCAAAAUUCAACUUCAGUAUCACCAAAGAUGUGUAAAAUCCUGAAGGUGUGUUAAAUAAGUUUAAAACAAUUUAUACAAGAAUAAUUAUAGCAUUCCCUUUUGCGAACUAUAAAGUUUUGAAGUUUCAAGUGCUUUCAAAGGUGACAUGAAUGUAAAUGUAGUAGCUUUAGAGAAGUAAUAUUUGUCAAUGUUUAUUUUGAGCAGAACAAAAAUUGUCAUUCAUGCUAAUUUCAACAAAAUUGAUACACUUAGCAUUUGAAUGUUUGGAUUUAUCACUUUUUAAACACAGUGGCUCUAAACAUCAACAGAAGUGAUCUAGUGGGAUCAUUUUUAGCACAAAUUAAUACUUUUAAAGCUUGUUAUGUAUUGUGUUGUUAAGAACUUGUUAAAUCCUGAAAUAAAAAUUUAAGGGGGUGUGAAAUUCUGUGCACUUCUGAAUUGCAGUGUCUAGGGGGGAAAUAAUUAAAUAUAAAAAUGCUUAUGGAAUCAGUAUUGGAUUGACCAGUCAGCUUUAUAUAUAAAAUGUAAAUAUAUAAUGCUCUUAGCCACAAA